CCCACGGCUGCGGGGACCCGUCCUACUCCCCCGUCCGAACCGGGAGGGUAGUCAACGGAGAAGAGGCCAUUCCUUACAGCUGGCCCUGGCAGGUGUCCCUGCAGUACCAGUCUGGGGACUACUUCUACCACACCUGUGGGGGGAGCCUCAUCCACCCCAACUGGGUGAUGACCGCCGGACAUUGCAUCUUUCCACAGUACCGCUACAGGGUCGUCUUGGGUGACCAUAACCUGUUCACGGAUGAGAGCACGGAACAGUACAUCCUGAUUAACUCUGGGGACAUCAUCGUGCAUCCCGGAUGGAACCCCAACUGCAUCGCCUGCGGGGAUGACAUCGCCCUGAUCAAACUCUCCCGCCCGGCUGUGCUCAACGACAAGGUGAAGCUGGCCUGCCUCCCCCCAAGAGGAGAGGUGCCCCCCAACUAUGAUCCCUGCUACAUCACUGGCUGGGGCACGCUUUACACCGGAGGCUCCAUCCCUAGCAACCUUCAGCAAGCGCUCCUGCCAGUGGUGGAUUACCCCCAUUGCUCCGAGCCAGACUGGUGGGGAACAACGGUCAAGGAGACCAUGGUGUGUGCCGGUGGGGACAUCAAAGCCGGCUGCAAC